ACCAAAUUUACGGCGGGAUCAAGACCGCAUCGAGCGAGUGUUUACGUUGGUUGGGAAAAUCGAAGUUGUCAUAUUUUUUUAAUCCGCUUGUUGUCUCAUCAGUCUGUAAACACGGGAGGAUCAAAUGAUAUGAUGCUCUUUGGGGCUUUGCUGAGUGUGAUAGUUCCGCUAUCAUUACUUACGUGGGCGAUUUCAAUGCUUGGAUUCACCUACAUGGGAUCUGAAGCCCCAAUCUACCCAAUUUCCCCAGGACGAUGGCUUCUGACUGUCACAUUGCCACUUUUCCUCGCUAUCAGCGGUCUAAGAAAGAAGAGUGUAACAUCAGGAGGGGCAAUCUUAGGUUAUUUGGUCGGUUUCACCAUGCUGUUGGCUAGUUAUUCCUUCUUCAUGGCUCUCCUUGCAUUCUUCUACACUGCCUCCAAAGCCACCAGAUUCAAAGCCGAAAUGAAGAAGAAAAUUGAGGCUGAUUAUAAAGAAGGAGGCCAGCGUGACUGGCUACAGGUCAUCAGUAACGGUGGCAUCCCCACCUCUCUCGCCAUCAUCUACGUGGUGGACAGCGGUUUUCGGGACCUGCCUCUGGACUUCCGCAGCCGGUACGACACCACCUGGACGGCCCUGGCACUCAUGAGCGCCUACGCCUGCUGCUGCGGUGACACCUGGGCUUCGGAGAUUGGGACCGUCAUGGGGUCUAAGACGCCGCGGCUCAUCACCACAUUGUCCAAGGUUCCAGUGGGAACCAAUGGAGCAGUCUCCUUUGUUGGCCUACUAUCCAGUGCCGUGGGUGGAUUCAUGGUCGGCUGUGGGUUCUACAUCGGCCUGCUCAUCUCCUUCUCCAGUCCGGCCUUUAAGACGGCCACCCCGCAGUGGCCGGUCAUGGUGUUUGCCGCCCUCGCUGGGCUAGUGGGUUCGCUGAUUGAUUCCCUCUUGGGGGCGCUCUUCCAGUACUCAGCUCUUGACCUGCGAACCAAGCGUGUAGUCAGCACAGCCACCACAACCACAGAGUACAUCUGCGGUUGGCCGGUACUAGACAACAACGGCGUCAACAUGCUGUCCUCUUUGCUAACGUCAAUGAUUAUGCCUGGUAUCUGUUUCGCUUGGUGGCCCGCAGGUGCCUAGCAGAUGCCCCACACCACCCCACUCCACCCAUUCCACCCCACC